UACAUAAAAGAAUCUUGGCCCGCACUUCGUAUUUUCGAAUGUGAGAAUUUCAACUCUCACAACAAAAUCAAAUUUUGCAGUAAUUGUUUAUCCUGCCUUUUAAAUUUGUGAUCUUUAACGUUCUAUAGUGACUUAAAAGAACAUAAGAACUUAUUUCGGGGACAUCGCUUAAUUGGUGAACAUGUCGGAUAAAAUCAAUGUUGGUGAUUAUCUCGUGGUAAAGCGCCAAAAAUACACCAAAUUACAAAAAUUCACCAACCUAGACACCGUGGUACACCUGGGUAAAGAUCAAAUAGAACUUCGCUUUGCCGAAAAUCAAUCCUACCACACCACGUUUCAACUGGUUCCCAAGGAAGGCCGGAACAAACGUCUAUUCACGUUAGAUCCGGUGCAAACCGUAUCUGAGAUCAGAAACCUUAAGCAAUUGCUGAUCAAGGAAAGUGGCGCCGACAAUAGGAAUAUCGUGGAUGAUGGUAGCACCCAGGGGCUCUCGACGGAGGAGAUUCUGAAGUUACGAGAAGAUUGUGAAUCUUCGUCAGAGGUGAUUGGAAAGUUGGUGGAGAACUCGAAGAGUUUUGCCGCCAAGACCGAGUACUCCCAAGAGAAGUAUUUGAAACGCAAGGAGAAAAAAUAUUUCGAGUACGUUGAGAUUAGACGUCCAUCGAUAAGGCUGAUAGCAGACAUCUAUUGGCGAUUGGACGCCGACAAAGUGAUGGGUGUCCGUUCCGAUACACUAUCGCAGAUCAUUUCGUAUAGUGGCGUUUGUGGGGUCGGACGUUUCCUGUUAUAUGAAUCGGGAACAAAUGGUUUGCUACCGGCGGCUUUCAUCAAUUCAAUCGGAGCUGGGACUGAUGCGAAGUUGGUGCACAUGCACCCGGGAAAUGUGGCUCAGAAGCAAGCAAUCCAAGCGAUGAAUUUUAUGCCGGAACAGCUAAGCAGAUGUCUUUCGGUUAAUUUGUACUCCGUGUUGAGGCAUUUCUACCAAGACGGUAAAGAAACAGAAAGCAAUUCUUGUGCGGAAACUACGGAGCCAAAGUUGGAGGAAGAAGAAGGAAAUGACAAGAAUACUACUCAGCAUGAAGUCCCAGGCCAGAAACGUAAAAAUGACGAAGAAAAUGAUGGUCCUGAACUUAAGCAAUUUAAAUUGGAAAAAGAAAACGGAGAAGUCAAGAAACAACCUUGGGAGCUUGAGAAUGCGGUCGCAGUUGAACUGAUGAAGGAAAAAUUCGAUGCAUUGGUCGUCAUUGCCAAGGAACAUCCGUUCAACAUCAUAAAAGCGUUGAUUCCAUUUGUAAAGCCAAGUCGCCCUGUUGUAGUAUUCAAUACGGCGAAGGAAAUAUUGCAGGAGUGCUACAUGGAUCUGAAGGCAAGCACAAAUGUAACCUACUUGCGGAUCACGUCCAACUGGUUGCGAAAUCUGCAAAUUUUACCCAACCGAACGCAUCCGGAUGUUGUCAUGUCCGGCAACAGCGGGUACCUUCUGACGGGGUACACGAUUCGAUGAAAGUUUAUUUACUACACCGCCCAUAAAUGUAUAACAGUCCCAUUUAGAUAGGAAAUCAAGCAAACAUGGGACUGAUAUGAAUUUAUUUGCAGUACAUAUAAGAUUGGUAUUUUGUGACAAAUAAAAUAUUUUUAUUUCCAUACUAAAA